UUAGGGAGAAACAGAAGAAAAAGAGAAGCAAGCAAGCAAUUCACGGCGAUUUCUGAAACGCCGAAUUGGUGAACGCUCGUUGAAAUCAACAAUGUCAUAAUCCAGGUUUUGUGUCAACGCUCUUUCAAGUUCCAAGUUCUGUGUCUCUGUUAUAUAACUAGAAGCAAACGGAAGGAAGAGCAGUCCGUGUCUGUGAGUAACCUAUACUAUGUAUUGCAACUUGCCGAAGAGCCAAGCGCUUCCCUUAGCUAUUAGGGUUUCUUCAUGUCCAACAGAAUGCUUUAAGCCUUUCCAUUUCGGAAAAUCCCAAACAUUUGCAGUCGGCUCGCAUUCAAAACUGCCAAAGCACCAAGCCGCCACAAGCUUUAGAGGCUUCGCAGUCGGUUGCUGUCAUAAAACCCUAGAACGAUUCCAUUUCCCGAGACCGGUUAAUUUGAGAGUUGACGUUAUAGCAAAAUCCAGAAAUUUUUCAAGUGGGCUUCAUCUAAAAAAUGGUUUCAAGAAUUACUCAAUUAUUAGAGUUGGGAGUUUCUCGAGUCCGAAAGCUCGGAAAGUUGUUGACGAUAGUGGUACUGUUGUCAAGAGUGGGAAAACUCUGCCCUGGUUAGCAUCUCGGCACGCUAAGGAAGCUAAAAGGGUAGAGAAAACCGUAAACCUAAAAACUAGCCGGUCGUCUUGGGAAGAUUCGGCGGAGAAGUUCCUAAAAUUUGGUACAGCCAGUAUGGAAGGCGACGGAAGUUGUUUGGUCAAAAACAGGCGAGAUGAUUAUAGGGGAAAAGAAGCCAUGGAUGAAGAAGAAGAGGGCGAGGUUGAGGAUGUUGAUGACCCAAGAUGGGAUAAGAUAAAGAAUAAAAUUAAUAGGGUUGUUGGUGUGAAACCCAGGUCCAAUAGACCAGAAUUUCAGAAAUGGGAUAAACAGGAAAGUUGGGGUAGAAAAACAUGGAAAGAGGCUACUGAAUCUACAGUGCCUAAGAUGGUUGGUGAAGGCAUCUAUGGGGUUGGACCUGUUUUGGCUGCAUUGUCAACCGGAAGAAGAGAGUUCUAUGCUUUGUAUAUUCAGGAGGGGCUAGAUCUGAGGGGUAAUAAUAGGAAGAAGAAGGAUAAGAGAGGGUUUGAGAGAGUUCUGAGGAUGGCUGAAAAGCUUGGGUUAAACAAAAAAGAAAUUUCAAAGCAUGAUCUUAAUAUGGUAGUUGAUAAUCGCCCACACCAGGGUCUUGUGCUCGAUGCUUCUCCACUUGAAAUGGUGGGAAUUAAGGAAUUAGACCCUAUUCCAUUGGGGGGAGAGAAGGGUCCACUUUGGGUUGCCUUGGAUGAGGUUACAGAUCCUCAAAAUUUGGGAGCAAUUAUUAGGUCAGCCUACUUUUUUGGAGCUUCAGGGGUGGUGGUGUGUGCAAAAAAUUCAGCACCAUUGAGCGGUGUUGUUAGCAAAGCUAGUGCUGGCUCUUUGGAAUUAAUGGAACUCAGAUCUUGCAAGAAUAUGAUGCAGUUCUUGGUCUCAUCUGCUGAAAAUGGUUGGCGAGUUCUUGGAGGCUCAGUUUGUUCAAGAGCCGUUCCUUUGAAUCAGGUUGAGCCUGGUGCACCCACCAUUCUUGUAUUGGGUAGUGAGGGCACUGGUUUGAGGCCUUUGGUAGAGAGAUCAUGUACUCAGUUGGUUAGGAUCCCCGGCAACAUUCCUGUGGAUGUAAGUGCAGGAGAUGAAGAUGAUGAAAUUGUAGGAACUGACCGCAGGUGCUCAGGUGAAGAGUUCAGGUCCUUCUUGGCCGUGGAGAGCCUGAAUGUCAGUGUUGCAGCAGGUGUGCUUCUCCACCACUUGAUUGGAAGCACCUAUAAUAAUGAUGAACCAGGAGAUAGUAAAAGUGAUCUUCUUGAAUGAAAAUUCAUGGCACUUUCUUUUGGGUUUAUGCUUAAUUGAUUUGUUAUUUCUUAUAGUUUAUGGUUGCCUGUUUACUUUUUCCAAUAUAUAAUCAGACUGCACUUCUAUGUGUACACCUGCUGGGAUUUAUCAAAGUUAUUGGACCCGUUUCUAAUUCUUGUUCCUCCACUUAAUUGGACAUAAGCAACCUUCUUUGGUCAUAAGCAGAGUCUGCACUUUCACGAAAUUCCAUGAGCUUUAAUAUUUAUUUUAUCUUUUGGAGUUUGAGUUCUACA